AUGCGGCCAAACAUCGUGGCUGCCGCAUACCAGUCGUCGCGUUGCUUUGUGUACGCGAGCUUUACGUCAGUGUCGCGGCCGUCGGCGAAGUCCUUGGCGCCGCUCAACCAGAUGGGACUUGUCCCCUUGGUUUCGCCGUUCGAGCGCACCGUGAACCAGUAUGUUGGGCUUAGGUUCAAUAGGGGACGGGGGGAUCCAUCAUUGCAACGAGGCAUCUUCGGCGAAUUCGUGGAUGGGGAUACGCGCGGGGGGGGCGCGGGACUUUAUGCACUCGGGCAAGCCUAG